AUGGCAAAGCCAUUGCUAUCCCAUUUGCCCAACGAGCUCCUUCAUCUGGUGAUAGAGAAUAUCGAUGCUCCUUCGCGUUCCGCACUCGCACGUACAUGCCGUUCGCUGCACGCCGUGGCAACCCCACAGCUCUACGGCUGUGCGCACAUCCAAAAAGGCAAGAGCAAUGAGUUCAUGCGCACUAUCUCAGAUAAAAAUGAAUAUGCCAACCUGGUCCACGAAGUCAAAAACCUCCAGAGCCUCGCGAUAAUUGGGGGUUACUGGAUGUGGGAUACUGAUAAAGAUAACGGAACUGGGGAGAAAUGGAAGACUCUUGAGAGUCUUCUAUAUAGUUAUCUCAAAAAGACGUCAUUGGAAGAGCCUAUCGGUAGCAGGGUGUCCCAAAAUCUGCGGUCGUUAACAAUGGACCGUCAAGAAAGAAAUCUCGAUUCAGCGGCUCUUCAUUCCUCCCAUGCUUUCAUCAUCCCACAACUUCAUACUCUUAGGUUACGAGGUUUUCAGAUAGAUUCCGACGAUAUCGAAGUCAAGCCUGAGUUUGAAAGAAUGACAGAGCUUAAAUCUCUGCAAAUCGAAAGAUCUUUUGUCUCUUUCAAGGCUUUAGCAACGGCUUUACGUGCUCCGCGUGCAUUGCAGUAUCUUGGUAUCGUGCAUACAGAAGAGUACAAACACCACGAGCUCUACUCAGCCGAUAGCACGAGCUCUACUCAGCCGAUAGCAAUAAUGCAACCAUGCAAGAAUUCAUGGACGUACUACUACUGCAUCGCCAGUCAUUGGAAGGAAUCAAAAUUGAUUAUGAAGAGAUAA